AGGUGAACAAUAAUGGUCACCUGACAUUUGAAACGGAGCUGCCGAAUUACCAGUCUAUGUUAAUUAUACCAUCUGGAUUUAAAAUGAUCGCACCUUUCCUAGCCGAUGUUGAUACUUCGAGAACUGGAAGAGUCUAUUACCGGGAAACUCAAGAUCGGACGCUAAUAUUCAAGAUUCAGUCGUUAAUUGCUCAACAUUUUCCGUCAGUUCGUUUCCGUGCCAGAAGUUUGUUCGUCGCUACUUGGCAUGAAGUUGGAUAUUUCAGCCAGAAAUAUGACAAGACAAAUACUUUCCAGGUUGUUAUUGCUUCCAGCGGUGAUGACUCAUUUGUUCUGUUCAAUUAUGAUGACAAAAUUCAAUGGAUCAAAGGCGAAGGCAAGGGACCACAUCCAGAUCCACCUGCACAGAUGGGAUUCGACUCAGGAGCAGAGCAUUACCAACGAUUGCCUUAUUCUGGAUCAGACGAAGCAGCUAACGUAGCAAACUACUCCAAUAUUGGCGUAAAAGGCCAAUAUUUAUACCAUAUUUCAGACAAGUAUGGCAAACAAAUCAGAGGCCCGCCUGAAAAGGAAGAAAUCGAAGGAUCAGGAACCGACACUCCAAUUUACUCUGGAGAAAUACCAGUUGAUGAAGACUUAGCCUUCUGUAAAAGUGAAAACAACUGUCACCACACGGCCAAAUGUGUAGAUUAUGCAACAGGAUAUUGCUGCCAGUGCUCUUCCGUAACUUAUGGCAAUGGAAUCAAAUGUUUGAAAAUAGAACAUCCUCAACAACUUAACGGCAGAAUUACUCUGACUCUAAAUAAAACCAGAUCAUUUAACUUGAACAGACAUUCAUACAUCAUAAUAACUAGCGGACGUGCCUACACUGUUGUCAGCUCAAUUGCUCAAGAAACUGGUCUUUCGGUCAUUUUAUUGGAUGGCAUAAACAGUUUCCUUGGGUUCUUAUUUGGCACCAUAGAAACUGGAACUUCCAAAAAUGGAUAUAUGAUAACAGGUGGAGAUCUGAAUCACACUGCUAAGGUAACAUUUGAGACUGGAGAAGAAAUUUUAAUCAGGCAAAGGUUUUUCAGCCAGGAUACUGAUCUACACAUGCGAGCUGAGACAAAUAUCACAGGAACUUUGCCAUGGAUACGCAGUGGUGCAGUGAUAGUUAUAGAUAUGUAUAAUGAAGACUUUGUCCAUACGGAACCUGGUGUGUUACGUGCCCGAACUACUCGUGUUUACCGAGUUGAUGGUGUUGGCAAGAAAUACACUUGGGAACAAAAAGUUGAAUUUCACGAAUGCAUACACGACCCUUCAAUCAACAGGCCACAAGUAUUUAGACAUAGCAUCAAAAAAAUAUAUUAUGGAUACAGACAAGACAAACAAACAAUCAGCUUUAUUGCUGCCAGUGGUGUCCGAACUAUUAAAGAUAGUGCCAGCUGUCAAGAUGUUAAUUGUGGAGACAAUUCACGUUGUGUAGUUUCGGAUGAUAGCUACAGAUGUGUAUGUAAUCACGGAUAUGAAAUGGAAAAUUACGAGUGUAAAGAUGUAAAUGAAUGUACUCAAAAAGUCUGCGGUGAAAAUGAAGAAUGUUUCAACGAGCCUGGCUCCUAUAUGUGCCGUUGUAUCACCGGAUAUGAAUCUGAAGGAGGCAAAUGCAAGAAACGAGACUGCCCUGAACAAUGUCAUGAACAUGCUCAGUGUGUCUAUAAUUAUAAUACUCGGUCUCCCAAAUGUGAGUGCAAUGCAGGCUUCAGAGGUGAUGGACAUUACUGUGAACUUAUAGUCUACAGCUGCAAUGAAGUAAACAACUGUGGUAAAAAUGCCGCUUGCGUCUAUUCUCCCGAAGACGGAAGAUAUAAGUGUGAAUGUGAAUCUGGAUUCAGUGGUAAUGGAAUUGAGUGCAGUACUACAGAACUUGAGGAAAAUUGUGAAAAUUGUGAUCAAAAUGCUCAUUGUUUCUUUGACACUGAAAGACUUUACCAUCAUUGCCGUUGUAAUGCUGGCUUUACUGGAGAUGGAAGAACCUGUACUUACAUUGAUACAUGCCGGCAAUGCUCCCCUUAUGCAGAUUGUGUGUUUGAGCAAACUCUCCAACAACAUGUCUGCCGCUGUAAACCACGUUAUGAAGGAAAUGGUCAACAAUGCUCUCCGAGGCGCUGCCCUAGGUGUGGGCAACAUGCUAGAUGCCAAUAUGAUCCAGAACGCAGCACCUAUAGAUGUGUUUGUGAGCCAGGAUACACAGGAGAUGGAAGAUACUGCCAGCCAUCAACUUCAUGCCAUCUUGUCAAUAACUGUGACCAAAAUGCUGACUGUGUGCCAGACAGACGCCAGUCAGGACGCUAUAUAUGUGAAUGUAAAACAGGAUUUAAAGGAAAUGGAUUGAAGUGUGUAGAAAGAGAAAUAAGCUGCAAUCUACAAAACAACUGUCAUGAACAUGCAGUGUGUGUUUAUCACGAUUUAGUACGGCACUACCAAUGCAUAUGCAAGUCUGGUUAUGAAGGAGAUGGAAUCAAUUGCAGAAGGAAGUCACAUGAAACUGACUGUGCCAUCGACCGUGGUGUGUGUCAUGCAUAUGCAGAGUGCCAAGCCAUUAGAGGAAGAAAUGUAUGCGUUUGCCGUCCAGGAUAUCGAGGAGAUGGAAUUCACUGUUCAGCUAUUUCUGAAAGUCAAAACUAUUUGGUAUUUAUAAGAGGAAAAAGUAUAUUGAAGAUGCCUUACUCUCACUCAAGAGACAGAGGAAAGAGGAUUUCAAGUAUACCAGAUCAAACCCCCAUUGCAUUGGCCUAUGACUGUGUUGAGAAGCAAAUAUAUUACAGUGAUAUUGAAAGCUAUACAAUCAGAAAAAUGGAUACAACUGGAAACUAUUCAGGAAUUGUUGUUGAAAAUGUGAAAUCUGAAGGCAUUGCCAUUGACUGGAUAUCAAGGAAUAUGUACUGGACUGAUUCUAGGAAAAAGAGCGUGGAAGUAAUUAAAUUAGAUGGUACUCACCGCAAAACUCUCUUUAACACAAAAAUAAGCAACCCAAGAGGAAUUGUUGUGGAUCCAAUCCGAGGGAUUUUGUACUGGGUUGACUGGAUGCAUGAUAACCCAAGAAUUGAAAAAGCUAAUAUGGAUGGCUCUGACAGACAACUAUUUGUUCACGACGAUCUAAAAUUACCAAAUGCCAUUACUUUAGAUCUUCCUACCAACCAGUUAUGCUGGGGAGAUAAAGUUUUAUCUAAAAUUGAGUGUGUUCACUUCAAUGGUGUUGGAAGACGUGUCUUAUACAAAGUCCAUGGACGUGAGUUUGGAAUCUUUGAUAUGGUAUUUUCUGAUAAUAACAUCUACUGGACAGAUUGGACCAAGUCAACUAUAUCUAAUAUAAAGUGGAAUGCCAAUAAACCAAGUGAACCUUUAAGUACACCAACCGGAGGUCAUGGGAAAAUGUAUGGCAUCACAACUAUAACUGAUUCCUGUCCCCGAAAUACUAAUGCUUGUGCCCAUGACAAUGGAGGCUGUCGUUUCUUGUGUCUUCCAACAUUUGGUUCUGGACGCACAUGCGUGUGUCCUGAUGAUGUUGAUAACAAUGAUUGCAGCAGUGCAGCAUUAUUACAGAUGUAGUUAAUCAAAAUUAAAGAUUCCUGUGAUACCUACAGAAGGUUGAGGAAACCUCUCAGUUUCCAGCAGAAAAGCUACUGCUGCUGCUGCUGCUGCUGCUGCUGCUGCUGCAAAUAUGUCUGUUUUAGAAAGAGAAUAUUGAAUGCUGACAUCUUUUUUUUUUUUUUUGUUUUUCACUCUGGAUGAGCAAAUCCUUUCAUACCUUAUAUAUUAUUUUGAUACAUAAUUAGAAAUUUUUCUAACAGGAUCAAAUAAAAUCGAAAUACUACUAAACGUAUAAAAGGAUAUGACACAUCUGUUUAUCAACAAAUGAGUGAAAAUUAUAAAACUUACUGAAAGCAAAAACCGAUAAGCUUGUAUCAGCAUACGUAUAUUUGAUGACAGCUUAAAAAAAAAAAUUCAUUAGUGAUAUUUGAUAUUUUAGAUAAGAGAAGGUAAA